AUGGGAGGGGAUAACCAAGAAACUGAGGUUGUAGAGAUGUGGAAUACUUUUGAUAAGUUGGAAGAUGCUUGUUUUACUGGAGGAGAUGACAGUUGUGGAUGCCUCCUAGGCCUUGGUCUCUCAGUGUCUGCCCUUUGUAAUAAUUCCAAGACUGAGGCGAGGGCACAUGUUCUCACUGUUCUAGACAAAUUUCAGGUACACUCCACCUCACCAGGAGACAUGGCUCACCAGGUACUCAGUGUUGGAUUGGCAUUAAUCCAAAGUGCUGCCUUUAGUGCUAACAUAGUGUCCUCAGACAAAGUACUGUCAACUGUAGACAAAGUCAUCAAGGAUCUGGGGGAGGCUCCACAGAGUGCAGGAAUUGCCAUGGCUGCUGGAACACUUUUGUACAACCUAACCAGAGCUGGGAUAACAGGAAUUACUGACUUCCAAGUACAGCUGCACCAAACGUGGACAAAGAACCUGACUUCCUCAGAGAGCCCUCCAUUGUUGAAGGUGGCAGCCAUGACUGGACUGAUGGCCUUGAUUGGCUCUCAGAAAGCCCUCACAUCGAGCACAGAGCCUUUGUCUAUGGCUUUGGGUGAUGUGAAUGUUGAUGAAGUAAUCCAGGUGAUGACACAGGUCGUUUCUGUGGGAGAUGACAUUGGCAUCCAGAACUCAGCAGCAUGGAUGUUAGGGAACCAUUAUCUGUCUGUUUCCUCAGUAUCAGAGACCAGAACCAGUGAGACCAGAACCAGUGGUAUGUCAUUAAUUAUAUCAGGGACCAGAACCAGUGGUAUGUCAUUAAUUAUAUCAGGGACCAGAACCAGUGGUAUGUCAUUAAUUCUAUCAGAAACCAGAACCAGUG